AUUGGCGGCCGUGGAAGCAUCUGCUCCUUCAGGAACUGCAGGCUUUUGAAGUGGAUCCAUACCGGUCGGAUCCGGUGGAACUUGCUUUUACGAUGUGAUAGCGGAUCUAGAAACUCGUCGACGCUCUAAAUCCGGAUGUGAAUCGAUGAUGCACGUAUACAUUCCAAUGCAAUGCAGAGAGAUAAAAAUAUUCUGCGUGGUGUUUCUGCAAAAAACCCUGUGGAUAUAUGUUUUUAUUGAUACCGUAGGGAUCUGAUAACACGCGAGAUUAUUGACUGCAUUCGCGCGCGCGCAUCCGCGCAUGUGUGCGGCCCCGAGCGAGUGCUUGCGUGCGUACAAGUUGAAAUUUGGAUCAAGGUUAUGAUCGAGAUAUGACGAAGGAUUACAAUCUACUGUACAAGAUCAGAAAAUUGCAGCGAUAAUGGAAGAUAUGGAACUGAUAGCGCAAGGAGCGGAGGCGCGUCUGUAUAAAGGACUCUACUUGGGGAAGGCGACCCUGAUGAAGGAGAGAUUCGUCAAGAACUAUCGACAUUCGGAAUUAGACACGCGCCUCACCAAGGAUCGCAUCCGGGCCGAGACCCGUGCCAUUAUUCGGGCAAAAGCCGCAGGUAUACCGACGCCAGCCCUGUACCUGGUGGACUCGCACCGACGCAGGAUCUAUAUGGAAUACGUGGAGAACGCCACGAUAUUGAAACAAUUUAUAGACGACAAUAUUGCGGGAAAAACGGAUGUGGAUCACCUGUUGGAUUUCAUAGGACGCGGAUUGGGCACGCUCAUAGCUAGAAUGCACUCCAAGGAUAUCAUCCACGGCGAUCUGACCACGUCGAAUAUACUGCUCAAGAACGAUUGGAAUGAGCCGCCUUGCGAUAAUCAGUCCGAACCCGAGACACACUUUGUAAUGAUAGACUUUGGACUAGCACGAGUGGAUUCCACGCUGGAAGAUAAAGCGGUUGAUUUGUACGUUCUUGAGCGAUCGCUGCUUAGCGCACAUUCCGAAGUGACAACGCUGUUCUCCCGUAUUUUUCAGUCUUAUCGACAACAGUAUCUGAGCAAACAACAAUGCACCCAAGUACUCGCUAAAUAUAGACAGGUACAGGCGCGAGGACGUAAACGCUUGAUGGUCGGUUAAGAAAAGCGAAGGAUUUUCAAAGAUUGCGAUUGCAGUUCAAUAGAUGUAAACUAUACAUAAAUAUAUGCGAACAGGAAUGAAAUGUAUUGAUUGCAAACUGAAUGGUUGAUUAGGAUAAGAUUAAAGUACAUAAUAUGAGAAGGUAAGAAGAUCUUUAUACAGAUAAAUUAUAUUUGUAUGUAACAAUAUGUAAGAAAUCCAAGUAUAUAUAUGCAAGGGAGUAAGUUUACAUACGUAUGAGUUUGGCAACGGCAAUCGAUCUGUAUGAAAGGCUAUUGCUCUUUGAAUCCAAGGUUUGUAAUAAAUCAGUCAUAAUGUAAACCGGAGUAUAUAAUAAUCCAAGUCACC